AUGUGUUUCAAUAGUAGGAGUGAGUUUAAAGAAGCUGUGAACUCUUAUGUUGUGGUGACUAAAAGACCAAUUAAAUUUUCAAAGUGUGAUAAGUUGAGAUGUUAUGCUCUCUGUAGGGAUAACAAGUGCAAGUGGAGGAUUAAUGCACGGGUUAUGAACAAUGAAAGGGCAUUUCAGGUAAGUUUAUAUCAUAAUGAGCAUACAUGUGAGGAGAAAUUUAGUGUGGCAAACAUGAAGACGCAAUGGUUAAGCAAGAAGUAUGGUAAGCUAUUCAAGUCUGAUCCAAAGAGGAACAUGAAAGCAUUCCGGGUGGAUAUCGUGAACGAGUUGAAAGUUAAUGUUUCGAAGGAUAUGGCCUACAGAGCUAAGAAAAAGACUUUCAAGGAGUCAGAGGGGGAUCCAAUACAUCAGUACAGUCGGUUGUGGGAUUAUGCACACGCACUUAAGCAAUCCAAUCCCGGAUCCACAGUUGUGUUGGGGGUUGAAAGAGACGGGGAAGAAUCAGUUUUUGAUAGAUUUUAUAUUUGUUUUGAUGCUUUGCAAAGGGGUUUCCGGGUAGGAUGUAGGCCAUUCAUUGAAUUUGAUGGAUGUCAUGUGAGGACAUCAUAUGGUGGCGUCAUUCUUUCAGCUGUUGGAGUCGAUCCCAACAAUUGUAUCUUUCCUAUCGCUUAUGCAGUAGUGUCCAUUGAGAAUACGGAGACGUGGUCUUGGUUCUUGUCUCUUUUGAAGAGAGAUUUGGAUAUAAGAGUUAACAAUGAGGUGUGUUUCAUUUCUGACAAGCAAAAGGGACUGGUUCAUGCUUUGGAGGGGAAGUUUCUGGGGAUAGAACACAGAAGUUGUGUGCGACAUCUUCAUAGUAUUUUCAUGACAGCUGGUUUAAAAGGUUUGGCAUUGAAAAAUGCUUUAUGGAAAGCUGGCAGGGCUCCUAUAGUUGGAGAAUUCAGAUCUGCUAUGCUUGAGAUUAAACAACUUGAUGAGAAAGCAUGA